UGAAAAUUUUGAGUUUCGCUCCCAAAAGUAGAGAGAGAAGGAGAUAGCAAUUCAAAAUUUUCGAACUCAAAUAGCGUUUCUAGAGAGACAAAGUGUCGACGAAGAUGAGGAAAAGAGGUUCUUCAGUAGUGAAAUCAAAGACAAACUUGAACCUAAAGGUAUCACCAAUUUUACUUAGAACUCCAAAUCUUUCUCCUAAGAAAUUCGAUUUCAGUCCCAAUGGAGGAUUUAACGACAACUCUUCUCCUGUAACCAAGAAGAAGAAAACAACAGUAUUAUUAACUUCAACAUCGAAGAAAUUCACUUCAACAGUAGUAACUAGAUCUCCUCCUCCUCCUCCUCCUUCGAAUCAGAUUACUUCAUCAACAAUUUUAGAUCUGAAAAAUCAAGUUACUUCUUCUACUGAUUCUAUUAAGCGAAAUCUAGAUCUAUCUCAUUCUGAAAUUCUUAAAGAAUUUGAAGCUUAUCAAUCUAGACUUUCCAAACGAUUCAAGAUUCACACACAAACAUGCCAGCAAGUGGUAAAUGAAGUAGAGAAGGAACAUAAGAAGAUGUCUGAUAGAAUUACCGAAAGCAUGGAUGUAAUGAAGGCUUCGUACUCAGAAUUCAUCAAAGAAUCACAAGCAUCAGCAGCUCGCAUUUGCAAAACUUCAAUUCCUGAGCUUACCCAGUCACUAGAGAACUCCAUCGAAUCACUACGAAAUCGUUAUGGUGUCACCUCAGCUUCGAAAUAGAGAAUCUACUUGGUCUCCCCCUUCACAGACAGCAGUAGUCAGUUAAACAAUCUGGGUAGGAAGUAACAAGUCCUGUAGAAAAGUUCUACUAUGUUGCAGCAGUUGAUCGUAAGUUUCUCACUGCCUAUCAGGUGAUACAGACAAUAUAAACCUCAAAAAAGAAUUACUCGUACAAGCUCUUAUAACUCCUUAAAUUCAGUUGCAGAAAACAACUAUAUAAUUGUAAUUGAUAUGAACAUGUAAACAAUAGGAAAAAGGUUCUGUGCUCCUUUGUUUUGACAUUUAUUGAAAGGAAAAAACUACCAGGCCA